UACAUCCCCAAUCUCUUUUGAGGUUGGGGAUGUGAGGGGGUCCAUGUAAGCUAGCGGGAGAGCACAUCAACAGAUGGAUGAUGGACAUUGGUAGAAGCAUACUCGGCACCUACUGUACAACCAACAACUUUGAGGCGAAUUUCUAAUGAGCUCCUGCUGCUGUGGAGAAACUAUGUCCUGAAAAACGACACAGGUUUUUUGAUUUUGGUUAAAAACGGUAUAAUCGUGAUUAAAAGCCGACUGGGACUGCUUUGCAAUAGAUCAAAAGAUGAUCAGAGUGGCAAUUUAAAUUCAGGAUGUUAAAAGGAGAAGAGGAGGAAGAUUUAUGGUGAGAGUUAAGAAAAGUUGAAGGAGAAAAGAGGGGGGUCAAAGUGGGGAAGGGGUGGGAAAAACAAAAAGAGAAAGGAAAUAUAAAAGAUCAAAAAUAGACAAGAAAGUUUCUUAAUACAUAAUGUUGUCAAUUUUAGAAAUAAAUGUUGAAUUAAAAAAAAAACACAUCUAUUUAGCCACAAACCAACAGACAUUUGUCUCAACAAACUAACAUGCACAUAUACAGUAUAUAGCUUUGAGGAUCCACACAUGCAACUGUACUCAGCACAUAUGUGCAAACGCCCACGCACAUACCAACACAAACACAUACCUCAGACACCAGAUAAACCUGCAUGCAUGCAAACAUCUGUGUUUGUGCAGAGAUGAGCAGCCAGAUGUGUUCAGCUUAGUGUGUGUUUCCUGAGCAUGGAAGAACAAGGAAGCAGCUCAGCUAGCCAGGGACUCCCCCAGACCCCCCGUGGAGAAAGAGCCCGAGGACAACGGCGAUGUUUGGCUCUGUAGCAGCUCCUUUUCAUCCUCUCCUGUGAAUUCUUAAUCAAAUAAAAUUAUGAGAGGGACCAACACUGCCCGAUGCUGCAGGUUGCACAUUCCCCAUGACACGUUUGCUUACUAUCACUAAAGCUGCACAGAACCGUGAGACCAACCCAAAAUAGUAGCACUAAAGGCGGAAAAACCCAUGUGAAGCCAAAAAACAAAAGCUAGAAAAAGCUUGGCAGAACCACGGGGGAUCGCUCAGGUCUUUGAAGGUUCAACUCAAUGAGUAACACUUUUCAUUACACAUCAUUUCAUGCUUUUAAAGUAGCUGAAGAAAAAGCUGAUUAGUGCAACUUUUUCAUUACUAUGACUUAUUCUUGUCUGUUGAAGAAAUCUAAUAUCUUCCUCACAGUACAAAAUGUACGUUCUUUUAAUUUAAAAGCUGUUUGUUUCUGGGGGGUUGCAAAUCAGAUGGAACCAAAGAAAAGAUUUGGGGAUGGGGGGGUCAAAGAAGGGGUGAGGGUAAAAACACAGAGAGGGUCACCAUUGAGUUGUCCGCCCACACGAAGCCCCCUCUGCUUACCUGCGUGGGCGUGGGCUGAAAGAAAGGCGCAGAUGCAAAAACAUCCACUCAAAUGGGUGUGCAUCUUUUUAACCCUGAAUCUUAAAUGUAGCCAAAUGGAGUGGAAUAAAAGCAUUUCUUAAUUAGACUGAAACGUCCUCAAACCUACAGAAAUGUAAAUGUCCUUUAAAGCGUGCCAGAGCAAAGAAGACCAAAAAAAGAAGAGGUGACAUUGGCAUUUAAGAAAAAAAGCCUUAUUUAUCAUAAUCAGCAUUGUUCUACUCUUAAACGGUAACUCUGUAGACUCUUUGACAUACAAAUAUGUGAGCCCACUAGAUUCUGUCCUUACUUUUUCCUCCUACAUGCCAUCUGCCCCGUGUGUCCAGACCGUGGGUGACUGGAGUGUCUGUGGGGGGGAAGAGGAAUUAUUGUGGUAAAUAAGCGGUGAUGUAACAGCUUGAACCACUUUUGUUGCCCAACAUCCACAGUCUGCAGACGAUGAGAAGACAAGGACUUCAAAAAAUCUGACAAAGAGCCUAGAGGUGUUUUAGUCAGGCAGAGCUAACUCAUGGCCAGGGGAACUCUGGAGGAUACAGUGAGCCAGAAGAGGUGAGGAGUACAGAGGUGGAAGGGAGCGAUAGAGUGGGAGAAAGAGGAGUAUUUUUAGGGUGGUUUGUUAUCAGUGGAGACGAGGGCGCAGAAUACCAGCCGGGCCACAUCGCCAAGGGGGGAAACAGCACCGAGCUCUCCGCAGAGACAUGAGAUAAGGAGGAAUUGAACAGUGAACAUACACUUGUAGGUCCACAAAGGCACAGAUGCACACUCGGAAACAAAACCACAUCCACAGGAAGAGACACUGCAGCUCACGUAUCUUUUCGCAAACACUUUAAACCCCUCGUCUGUGUAGACAUAUCACAUCGGAGUGGAGUUUUAAGCUCCAAAGGCGGCCCGGGUGUCUCCUCUGGUGACAAAACCAACAAUAUCGCAGCAGAAUCUGCGCUAUUUUAUCUCUUCUUCAUUGUGAUAGUUCUAAGAUGUAAAUGCCAACCGAACAGAUGGAUGCAGAGAACAUCUCAUCACUCUGACACCAUGUUUAUGCAACCACAUGCAAACACUCCACACAAACACACUCUGCGAGCACACACACACGUUUAGGCUCCAAACCAAGGCGGUAAUGGAGACUCACUCCGUCUUCAAAGUGCAAACAAUGACGCACUAAUGGUUUGAUGUUUUUGAGGCUACCUUCCUCCCUUCAUUUGUUGAGAUGUACAUAAACAGGCCUGCACAUCCUCCUGCCUUCACACAUGCACUGAGUAAUCAGCAGACAAGCAGCUGCUGUGGAAGAAGCAAAACGCCUCUGACAUGCUAAUGACGCUUUGUCGACCCGAGGAGUUCAACUGCACGCACUCACACUGUGCAGAUUUAGAAACUCUGACUAUUAUCUGUCACUUAUCCAAGACAAUACCAGUCUAGUUGUGUGAAUAUUAAAUGGGUUUCGCUCCCUGGGUGAUAUUAGCGCUCUGUAGGGCUGCAAACCAAAUAAAACCCUUGUUCGCUCCAAGAAUAUCUAAGACAGUUUUUGAUGGAAGAUCCUUUUCUUUCAGCACCCCACCCCAAACACCCACCUACCCAAUCAGAUCCUCACUGGCAACGUGCUGCUCCUCGUCUCUCUUGCCUGCUUCUUUUGUUCAUCACUCUCGGCCGCCUACACACCUACCGUCCCCCGGGCUUUUCUCUUUACGCUCUUACCACACAUGCACAGAUUUACAUUUACACUUUGUUUGUACUUCACUUUAUUCCUUCCAAUCCUUUUUUUGCCAUCUUUGAUUAGAUCUGUAAGUGUCUAAAAGCACAUCUACGUUUACAGUGAGAAACAAACAUUCAGCGCCUAUAUUUAGUGUUCUCCAAUGCAGAUGUGUGGGCAGCAGCCAUCUGGGGCCCCAAACAGGACAAAACGUCAGAAGAUGUGUGCUUGUGUUGCAGAGGGCUAAGGGCCAAACCAAAGGGUUCGAGGCUGGGAUGUCAUUGUGGAACCCCCCCCCCACACACACACACCAGAGGGCUGGGAAUCUCAGGGGAGAGUGGGAAAAACAUUCCGGCUAUCAUCAAUCAAAACUUUGGUGACACAAAUGACCAGAAACAACGGAGCGUUCUCCACUAUGUCACCGCCAUGUCCCACCCACCUGUGCCACCGCACCAUAGGCCCUCGCCGGACUGCACCCUCUACGAUUGGCCGGCUGGUCCCUGAGUGAAAUCGAGUUCCUCUCCUGUCUAAUUGGGUCUUUGUAAUUGCGCGGUCUAUCGUGCUGCAGAGGAAGAAAAGGACGUGAAAAACGGUAUUAUGGCGGAGAGUGGCAGGUCGAAGCGGGGAGUUCGGUGGCCGCCAUCUCAAAGUGCCAGAUGCUCUUCCUUGGUCAAUUGUGAGGCCUUACAGGGGACUGAGAUGGUUUUAGCGUAGCAACUGCAAAAACACAAAAGCAAGAUGGAGACCAAUCAAGACGAUUCGCGUAAACAAGCGAGGGACAGGCCAACAGUGUUGCACAUGGACUCACAAACAUGCUAACUUAAAAACAACACUCCCUAAAAAUAAUCAAACAGUUUGUGUUGGCUGCUGAGACUUGGAUGCUUUUGGUGCAGGUCAUCAGAGCAUGAUUCCCACUGCCUUUGCAAUGUGAGAACGCCUUUGUUUCACCUUCUGUUCUUCCACCGUGCAGAAGAUAGCGGAGAAACACAAAGCAAAUGAAAGUUCUUCAAGCCGAGCCAUUAAGAGUGAAUGUGUACUGGAGUGUAGGAGGACGGGUCAGGAGACUGCUCUUUGUUUGUCCCAUCCUGCUUUCACACUGGGCCACAACACGCCGCCUUUUUGUUUACAACCGCCUCUUUGUAAAAAUCUCUUCCACUUAUUUUUUUUUUCUUUAUUAUCCCCAUAUGGGAUGAUACAUUUUUCCAAGUGCAGAUGACAGAUGGUGGGGGACUCACUGGAGCUUGUUAUCCUCAUGUUCUUAUAGCCUUAAAAUUUCCAACAGCCUCUUAUGGAGGAUUUUUCACCUACGGCGUGUUUCCUUGCUUCAGCUGCCACCAACAGGUGGCGAUGUAGUCUCGGUUUUUCAGCUGUACAGCUCCUCAGGACAAAGAGCCGCCUACAACUUCAAAGAAAUUCAGACAGCCCAACCCUUUGACAGGGAAAUUUGACAUAUUCACAAAAAAAGAAGUGAUGCCAGGAAAAGCUGAGUUAUUUUUUUCAACAGUGUUAUCAUUUUUUGUGACUAAUAAAACUAAAUGUAAGAAAGUCAGAUCCUUUUGACAGUUCGUUGUUUUUCUUACCUUUUAAACAUUUAUGUUUUUUCUUGAGGAUUUUCUAAAACCUUAUAAAAUACCACUUAAAAUGUUUUUUGGGUCUUAAAAAUGACUUACAGUCAUAAAAAAUGUGUUAUCUGUAUCUUAAUUUAAAGGCAAACUUAUAUUUAAUCAGAUAAUUGUCAGUCUGAUGCCUCCUUACUUCCAUUUUAAAAAUUAACUGCAAAGUCUUCUCCAAAGAGAACCCACUGACGCGCAGUUUUCCUGACCCACAGCUCUGUGUGCCAUUAGGCUCAUGUCAUUCACUGUCAGGGGAAGUUUCAGAGUGUGAGAGACCGCCCUAUUAUCUGCCGCUGCAUCCAACUCUCUUUCACACUUGCUUUUCAUUCACGCACACUUUUCCCACCGGGAUGGAGCGGCAUCAGCCGGCGCGCGGAGCCAACAGGGAACUCGCAGGCUUCCAGGCGGCACACAUGGCUGCUAAAUUAUGGCGAACCUUGUCGGCGUCCAUCUGGAUCCUUACGCUUGCUUCCAGCUCGAGGACGAGGAUUUAUCCCCCCAACGAAGUGACCCUGCUGGACACCAGAACAGUGCCAGGAGAGCUGAAAUGGGCUGCUCGCCCUUCAGAAGGAGGAUGGGAGGAAGUCAGCAUUAUGGAUGAGAAGAACAUCCCCAUCAGGACGUACCAGGUGUGCAACGUCUUAGGACCUAACCAGAACAACUGGCUGAGGACAGACUGGAUCCCUCGGUCCGGCGCUCAGCGGGUCUACGUGGAAGUCAAAUUCACUUUGAGGGACUGCAACAGCCUGCCAGGAGUCACUGGCACCUGCAAGGAGACAUUCAAUCUGUACUACCAUGAGUCAAACGAAGACAGAGAGAGCUACAUCAAAGAGAGCAGCUUCAUUAAGGUGGACACAGUGGCAGCAGAUGAGAGCUUCACCCAGGUUGAUGUUGGAGACCGUAUCAUGAAACUCAACACAGAGGUGCGAGAUGUGAAAGUGACAAACCGGAAAGGUUUCUACCUGGCCUUUCAGGACGUCGGCGCCUGCAUCGCUUUGGUUUCGGUUCGAGUUUUCUACAAAACAUGUCCGCUCACCAUUCGGAAUUUAGCGACUUUUCCUGACACAGUCACCGGUGCUGACACGUCUUCCCUAGUGGAGGUUAGAGGGUCAUGUGUUAACCAAUCAGAAGAAAGAGAGGAACCUAAAAUGUACUGCGGAGCGGAUGGAGAGUGGUUGGUUCCAAUUGGUGGAUGUCUCUGCAAUCCAGGAUAUGAGGAGAAGGGCGGUUCAUGUCAAGCCUGUUCAGCUGGUUUCUACAAAGCCAAAUCCUCGGACAUUGGCUGCUCCAAGUGUCCUCCCCACAGCCACUCGCUCAGAGACGGGGCUAAUGUGUGUGACUGCCACUCAGGAUUCUUCCGUGCAGAUGCUGACCCUCCCUCCAUGGCGUGCACCCAGCCACCAUCAGCUCCACAGCAGCUCAUCUCUGUGGUGAAUGAGACAUCGGUGGUCUUGGAGUGGACCCCCCCUCGCCGCCUUGGAGGAAGGAGCGACAUCGGCUACAAUGUGGAGUGUCUCAUCUGUCAAACUGGGCAGUCUGAACGUCGGCCUGUCGAAAGGAACCGGACGGUCCCCCAACCUGUAGCUCAGCAGCACGGCGUGGGGAUGCAGUCAGACCAGGGGAUUGUUGGACCUGAGGUCCCGCUGGGCCGAGGGGUCUUCCAAAGGCCCGGCUCCAGCUCCACCCCCAUCUCCAGCUGUCUGCCCUGCACCCCAGAUGUGCAUUUCUCUCCCAGCCAGACCGACCUGCUGACCACCAAGGUGGUGGUGAGCGAGCUGAGGGCCCACACUCACUACACCUUCAUCGUCUAUGCGCGAAAUGGGGUCUCCCAGGCUAGUGGAUCAGGGGCUGCGCAGAGUGCAUCUGUCAGCGUCACAACAAACCAAGCUGCUCCUUCCCCGGUGUCAUCCAUCCAAGUCACUGAUGUCACAAGACACAGUUUGUCGUUGUUAUGGCAACAGCCGGAUCGACCCAACGGGGUCAUCCUUGAAUACGAGGUCAAAUUCUACGAAAAGGAUCAGAGGGAGAGGUCUUAUCGCAUAAUCAGGACCUUCUUACAGAGUGUCGAUGUCACGGGUCUCAAGCCCCUCACUGUUUAUGUAUUCCAUGUGCGUGCACGCACAGCUGCUGGAUACGGAGAGUACAGCUCUCCCUUUGAAUUCUCCACCAAUUCAGAUCCCUUUCCUCUGAUUGGAGAAGGAGUCAAUUCCGCCUUCCUGCUGCUGUCGAUCAGUGGAGUUGGACUUUUGGUGCUGAUUUCUGCUGUUGUCUUUUUCAUCAGUCGCAGGAGAAGCAAGUACAGCAAGACAAAGCAGGACUCGGAGGAGGAGAAGCAUCUGAAUCCAGGAGUUAAAAUCUACGUGGAUCCCUUUACCUAUGAAGACCCAGAUCAGGCCGUCCACGAGUUUGCCAAAGAGAUAGAUGUCAGCAGUAUUCACAUCGAGAAGGUUAUUGGCAUGGGAGAGUUUGGGGAGGUGUGCAGCGGCCGGCUCCGUGUCCAGGGUAAGAGGGAGACCUACGUCGCCAUCAAAAGCUUAAAGGCAGGCUAUUCGGACAAACAGAGACGGGACUUUAUGUCAGAGGCCUCCAUCAUGGGACAGUUUGAUCAUCCCAAUAUCAUCAGGCUGGAGGGUGUUGUUACAAGAUGCAAGCCGUUGAUGAUCAUCACUGAAUACAUGGAAAACGGAUCCCUGGAUGCAUAUCUCAGAAAACAUGAUGGCCAGUUCACAGUGAUCCAGCUGAUAGGCAUGCUGCGCGGCAUCGCCUCAGGUAUGAAGUACCUGUCAGACAUGAACUACGUACACAGAGACCUGGCAGCUCGAAACAUCCUGGUAAACAGCAACCUGGUGUGCAAAGUGUCAGAUUUUGGCCUAAGUCGAGUUCUGGAGGACGACCCUGAGGCGGCUUACACAACAAGGGAAGCCACUGGAUCUUAUCUUUCCCCCGGAGGGAAGAUUCCCAUCAGAUGGACAGCUCCUGAGGCCAUCGCGUACAGAAAGUUUACCACAGCCAGUGAUGUGUGGAGUUACGGUAUCGUCAUGUGGGAGGUGGUUUCUUAUGGAGAGAGACCAUACUGGGACAUGAACAACCAGGAUGUGAUUAAAGCGAUAGAGGAGGGGUACCGACUGCCUGCUCCCAUGGACUGUCCGGUGGUGCUGCACCAGCUCAUGCUGGACUGUUGGGAGAGGGAGCGAGCAGAGAGACCCACCUUCAGCCAGAUACUGAACAUGCUGGAUAAACUCAUCCGCAAUCCUGGGACCCUGCGUCGCACAGGAGGGGACAGAUCUCCGGGCACACUAAUAGAGUCUGGAGUGGGCUCAGAAGUUUGCGUGUCUGUCAUUCCUGAGCUGUGUUUGCCACAGUGGACUUUGUGUGAGUGGCUGCAGUCCAUUGGGUUGGAGCGGUACAGAGACACCCUCGCAGCAGCAGGUUACACCAGCCUGGACAGUCUCCUGGCUCUCACACACCAGGAAAUGGACAGACUUGGAAUAAUCACACCGUCACAUCAGGACAUGCUUAUUGCCAGCGUGCAGCAAGAACUGUUGUCUCGAAUGCAGCACAUGCAACACUCCAUGGUCCCGGUCUGAGCUGAUGGACGGACUCAGACCUGCUCUGACAAAAAUUUCAUUUACCUCAUCUGUGCACUUUAGAGGGAUUUCUCACUGGUGGAAAAAGACAAGGAAAGAAGCAAAAUAAAAGAGAGAAAAACAAGAUGCGCAGACAAAAACAAAGCAGCACUUUUCUGAACUUCCAUCGUGUGGAGUUUGCUAUGGACCAGGAUCUGGACAUGGCUGCAGAAGGCAAUGAUCUGCUGGACACAUAGACUGAUGGUUCUGUCUUGAUCUGUUUUUUUCCUGUUUUCUUUUUUUAAUUAUUUUUGGCACAAUCUGACAUGUGCAUGAGUAGAAAGGCUUCUGUGAUUCUCUUUUGCUGCUUUGUACUUGACUUGAACAAAAUGUGUUUUUAGUUUGCUCAUAAGUCUGUGUCUGUGGGAGAGCAUUGUGUAGCGGGAAUGCAUUCAACAUGGACUCUCCCUGUUAAGAUGUCAGCAUAAUCUAAAGUAAUCCUAUUAUGCAAAGUCAACGAGAAAGUGGGAGUAUGGGAAUGUAUCAUUACAAGGUCUUUCUAGUUUCAUCCUGACUGAUUGUGCUAACAAACUGAUUUGAUUGUUUGUUUUUUGUUGUUCAUUUUUUUGUUUGAACUCAUUAAGAAAUUGUUUUAGAUUUAAAUUAGAAUGUCAUUCCUACGUGUCUGUACAUAUACGUCUCUGACAAUUAGCUAAAUGAAGCCUUUUGUUUAUUUAUGGUCCUUUUUUUAUCUAGUUUGUACAUUGUAAAAUAGUAAACGAUGAGGAAACGUUGUAAUGAGUGCCAUAUUGCAUUGCAAUAAAUGCCAAACCCAUCCA